AUGAGUUCAUCUAGUUCUGCAUCUCGCUCUCAAACACACACUACACGGGGCAUUCCUUCCAAAUAUUGGUGUGGGUCGAACCUGACUACCUUUGGUGCUCAGACCAAAGAAAACUUAUACCGCCGUUUCUACAGAUGUGAAAUCGCCAUCAAGAGGCAAUCUGAGCACCACCUUUUCAAAUGGAUAGACGAGGCCAUCAUCGACGAGAUUAGAAUGGUUGAUAAAAAGGUCACCCACCUUCAGUCCGAUUUCCAAUCAAUCAAGAGGACAACAACUAUGCGUCUGCAGGAACAUGGCAAAAAGAUUGACGAGAGCCUCCUGGAGAUGAAAAGGAUUUUUCAUGACCAAACAAUCCUCCUUGAAGAAUUAAGAAACAAAUCAACCUCAGUUCUGGAUGCUAAAUCCCAUUGCCCGCUCCUCAACGUGGCUGCUGCUGCCAUUGCUCUAGGUACCUUGGCGUGGUUGUAUGCAAAAAUGACCAGCAUCUGA